UUAACCCAGCGCGGAGUGCACCGCUGCUGACCGCCGCACUCUCAGACCAACGGGGAGUGUCUCGCGACUGGCUUUUAAACUCAACGUCUCACUCGUUUGUGAAGGAGGCGACAGUUACGGUUGGAUAACUACCCGGGACUAUUACUAUAAUUAUAUAUAUAUAUUUUCUCCUAAAAGACACACACUCAAAACCGUUAUUUACAUGUCUAUUUUUGGAGGUGGCCAUACCAUGGUGCAUAAAUAUGACACAGAACGAGCAGUGGAGCUACUCAGAUGCUACCAGGCCAACCUGACCAGUCCAGAGGAGCAGGCCCUGAAGAACAGUGUGGGCAAAGUCUCUUCCAUCUUGGGCAGUCAGCUGUUCCAUGCCCUUCUUGAUAUUCAAGAGUGUUACGAGCUGACCUUGCAACUGAACACAGAACAAACUGUUGUGAAAGAAGACGGCAGGAAGGAUGCGUUGGAGGACCAGGAGGAAGAGGAUGGUGUGUCUCGGGUACAAGUGACCAGCAGGAGGAGCCCUCACAAAGUGGAGCGAGUUUCUGGCUUGGUGACUCUAUCCCAUGUCGAAGUGCCAAAGGCCAACCCUCCCCCCAUCAUCGUCAACGCAGACUCUCUAGAUGCAGGCCCUUAUGUAAAUGGCAGUGAUGGGAUGUACAAAUAUGAAGAGAUCAUUUUGGAGAGGGGGAACUCUGGCCUGGGCUUUAGCAUUGCUGGAGGAAUAGACAAUCCCCACAUUCCUGAUGAUCCGGGGAUCUUCAUCACCAAGAUUAUUCCUGGAGGAGCAGCUGCUAUGGAUGGAAGGCUGGGGGUGAAUGACUGCGUGCUACGCGUGAACGAUGUGGACGUGUCUGAGGUGGUUCACAGUCGGGCGGUGGAAGCCCUGAAGGAGGCGGGGCCAGUGGUGCGGCUGCUGGUCCGACGGAGGCAGGCACCACCCGAGACCAUUCUGGAAGUCAACCUGCUGAAAGGGCCCAAAGGGCUUGGAUUCAGCAUCGCUGGAGGGAUCGGCAACCAACAUAUCCCAGGAGACAACAGCAUCUAUAUUACCAAGAUCAUCGAAGGAGGAGCUGCCCAAAAAGAUGGACGGCUGCAGACUGGAGACCGCCUGCUUGCUGUGAACAACAUCGUGCUACAGGACGUGCGUCAUGAGGAGGCCGUGGCUGCGCUGAAGAACACCUCCGAUAUGGUUUACCUCAAGGUGGCGAAGCCAGGACCUGUGCACCUCAAUGACAUGUACGCUCCUCCAGACUACUCCAGCAGCCUGGCCCUCCCUCCAGCCUUUCCCACCAUGGUGGACAACCACGUCAGCCACAACUACAUGGGGGCAAUGGAGCCCAAGCCAGUGUACCCGCCGCCCCAGGUCACCCCGUCCAGGUACUCGCCAGUUCCCCGCCACAUGCUGGGGGAGGAAGACUUCACAAGCAGGGCUGAACCUAUUUACAGUGUCAUCCACAAACCUGGGGACAUCAAGGUGCCCCAGGCCCUCUACAGAGGCUUCUGUCCUUCCCCUGCUCCCUUGUGCCAAGGUCCACUCCCCUUCUCUGGCAGGGAGCCAAGGAAGGUGUUGCUGCACAAGGGCUCCACAGGCCUGGGCUUCAACAUCGUUGGUGGGGAGGAUGGGGAAGGUAUCUUCGUCUCCUUCAUCCUGGCAGGAGGGCCGGCUGACCUGAGCGGCGAGCUGAGGAGGGGCGACCGGAUUCUCUCGGUGAAUGGAGUGAACCUAAGGAAUGCCACACAUGAGCAGGCGGCUGCAGCACUGAAGAGAGCUGGACAGACUGUCACCAUCAUUGCUCAGUACAGGCCUGAAGAGUAUAGUCGCUUUGAGUCCAAGAUCCACGACCUGAGGGAGCAGAUGAUGAACAGCAGCAUGAGCUCAGGAUCAGGCUCCCUGCGCACCAGUGAGAAACGCUCCCUCUAUGUCAGAGCUUUGUUUGACUAUGAUCGAACGAGGGACAGCUGCCUGCCCAGCCAAGGCCUGAGCUUCUCUUAUGGGGAUAUCCUCCAUGUCAUAAAUGCUUCUGAUGACGAGUGGUGGCAGGCGAGACUGGUCACACCACAUGGAGAGAGCGAGCAGAUUGGGGUCAUUCCGAGCAAGAAAAGAGUGGAGAAGAAAGAGCGAGCCAGGUUAAAAACAGUCAAGUUCCACGCCAGGACAGGCAUGAUUGAGUCCAACAGGCCAGUCAAAGUAAAGCGCAAAAAAAGCUUCAACCUCUCGCGCAAGUUCCCGUUUUACAAGAGCAAGGAGAAUAUUGUGCAGGAGUUGGGGGAAUCUGAACAAUGCCUGACAUCCAACACAAGUGACAGUGAAAGCAGUUCGAAGGGACAGGAGGACACUAUUCUUUCCUAUGAGCCAGUCAUUCGACAGGAAAUCCACUACACAAGGCCUGUGAUCAUACUGGGCCCAAUGAAGGACAGAGUAAACGAUGACCUCAUCUCCGAGUUUCCCCACAAGUUUGGCUCCUGUGUACCCCAUACGACUCGUCCGAGGCGAGAGACCGAGAUGGACGGCCAGGACUAUCACUUUGUGGGCUCGCGAGAGCAAAUGGAGAAGGACAUUCAGGAUAAUAAGUUCAUUGAGGCUGGCCAGUUCAAUGAGAACCUCUAUGGGACGAGCAUCUUGUCUGUCAGAACUGUGGCUGAGAGGGGGAAGCACUGCAUUCUGGAUGUGUCGGGGAAUGCCAUUAAACGACUGCAGCAAGCACAACUUUAUCCGAUUGCCAUCUUUAUUAAACCAAAAUCCAUUGAAGGCCUAAUGGAAAUGAACAAGAGGCAGACGUACGAGCAGGCCAAUAAAGUCUUUGACAAGGCAGUUAAGCUGGAGCAAGACUUUGGAGAGUAUUUCACAGCUAUUGUACAGGGUGACUCACUAGAGGAGAUCUACAACAAAAUCAAGCUAAUCAUCGAGGAGCAAUCUGGUCCCUACAUCUGGAUCCCCUCCUCAGAGAAGCUUUGAGCUCCCUGCCGUCCCCUCUGCAUCGGUGCAGAUCUCCCCUCCUGCCUCCCAGAGACCCCACCCAAGCCCAAAUAGCCCCCGUCCUCACUUCCUUUUUGCAGAUAUGUUUCAUAUCAAGUUUUAGUGUCAUCAUUAUGUUACUCUCUAAAUGAAAAAGAAGUCUUAUCACCAUUACUGUGACUGUGCACACCCCUGCAUGAGUUUCUCAACAAAUCCAUUCAAGACUGGAAAUGCCAUUCCAAAGGAAUUUGUCAAAUGAAAACAAAAGGGAAAAGGAAUAAAUCCUUUUGUGAACUGGGACUGACUGAAGAUCAGAAUGUUACAGAAAUCUGGAAAGAGGAGUCGGAUAUUCAAAAAGAAGUUGCAGGGAAACCGAGACAAAUCAUACCAAGUUGGAACACUUUGUAAAUGUUCAUCAAAUCACAUUUAAAAAGACGUGCAAGAUGAGAAGUGAAGACCAAUUAAGGUUUGUUUUUUCUUUUUCUAAAAAGACUGGAUAAAAUCGAGCCCUGCUGAUGGUAUUGUUCAAGGAGUCGUCUCUCGUGUUUAUAAAGACUGAGGAAAUUAUUGGAGCCUACAAACUGGUGAUCUAUUUAUCACAAACCAGCUUGCUGUUUGGUCGUCUGCCAGUUGUCUGUGCUGCAGCUGAUAAAGACAUCUCGGGAGGCAGAUCAAGAGGAAGAACCGCGUUGUGAAUCUCUACAUUUAUAUUAUGAAAUCACAAGAUCAAUGAUAAAAUCCCACUGAGAUUUUACUACAUAUUAAAACCUACACAUUUUACACUUCACUAGAAUUGUCAAUUUGGAGGGCUGUUAGAUUUUUUUUUUUUGUUGUUCUUCUUUCUUUGUGGGAUUAUUUGCUUGUGGUUUUUAGCUGCUCUGUGUAAAGGAUGGAGGUAGAGAAGUGUAACUGGGCUCUCUGCAAAACACCAAACUGCCUUACAUCAAAUACAAAUUCUGUUUUGUGACUACCUGUUGUCUGUGAGGCAGGCUGCACACAAUUUACAACGAAAAGAGAGGAAAUAUUAUCUUCUUUUCUUACCUUUUUGUGUCCUCCGACUGCCAGGAGGCCUGACUUGAGUGCAAUAGUUCAAACAAAGUCUCACCUCUGCAAUAGAUUAAAUAAAGUCUCACCUCUGUGGGCGCCUUUUUUCUCCCCUGUAUUUCAACCUUCCUAUUUAAUAAUACAAAAUUGGCCAUUGGAUUACAAUUUGAACAGCCAGAGCCUCCUAACUCCUGUUGAGCAGCAGACCACCCGAUUACACUCUCUGCCUUCCUAGAGGAUUCUCUUCUGAUUGAAUGGUCACAUGGUACUGUCCUAUCUGCCGCCAUGAUGGUGGCCUUAAAACGGGUAGAACAAGACAAUAAUUGUAUUGGAUGUCCUAACAAUUAAAGAGUAAAUUUAACCUGUUUUGGAUUGUCCCCCUGUCCCCCUACCAAAAAUAUCACUAAAGUUGGGUUUGAUUAAAAAAAAACCUACAUGCUUUGUGCAUCUA